AUGAGGAAAACGCCGCCGAAGCGGCCAAAGAGGAGGGUGGAGGGUGGCCCUUCAGAUGAACGAAAUCCAGCCAUUCUCAGAAGCAUCAAGGAGGUGAGCCGCUUGCAGUCCUACGUCGAGGCCUGGCAAAGAGACGAAGAUCUCCUCGAGGUGCCUGCACCUGUGGAGAAGUUGCGGGAGGCGGCAGGGCCGCGGAAGACCUUGGUCUGCACGUGGUCCGGUGGCGGCAGCCGCUUCGCGCGCAUGGCGUUGAACCUCUAUGAGUCCAUCAAGCAGAAUGCUCCGCAAUGGGCCCCGAGUUUCGUGGUCUUGUCUCUGGACCUUGAGACCCAGACCUUCCUCCAGCAACACAACGUCACCACCUGGCUCUAUGAAAGCGUCGACAUCUUCAUGACGCGAUGGCGUUUACUGGCAGCCUUGCUAUCGCUGAAUUUGAACGCCUUGUUGUUGGACACAGACGUGGUUUUCUUGUCAGAUCCCUUUCCGCACUUCUUUUAUGACUCGGAUUUCGAGGUGAUGACCGAUCACUUCUUCCCCGAGCGGGAUCUCUGGGAUGAACGGUGGAGAGACGAGGAGCACGUGAACACUGGCUUCAUGUUCGCCAGAGCUUCUGAGCGAUCAUUACAGCUAGUGCAAGACUUCAUCCGAGCCCAUCAUUCGCCAUGGGAUGCGCCCUGGGACGCUCAGGGUUUGGGACACGGCUUGGGCAUCUUCGAUUUGUUCGACCAGCGCAUCUUCAGUCACUUCCUCCGCAGGCGACUCAAGGAAGGCCGUUGCUUUUCGAUGAUGGAAAACUUGACCUACGGCAGCCCACUGAGCAUUGACGGUGCACCCAACCCCUCAGUGCGUGUCCACCAUCCAUCGGUCAUCGCCCACGGUGGUGCUUUCUUCUGGCUCCACUCCCACCGGCUGCGAGGUCUAGAACUGCCCCCAGUCGCCCAUGCGAACUUUGGGAAGAACAAGCCGUACUUCUUGCGCGACCGAGGUCUGUGGUUUGUGGAAAAUCUCACGGAACGAUUUUUGGAGCCCAUCCAACAUGACGAAUACUACCCCACGGCGCCGGUACCCGCCGUUGAUCCAUGGCGGUUUCUUUCCUACCACCAGCCGCACCGCUGCGGCGAUGUGAAUGGAAGUCUGGCGUGUCAAUUCCUCCAGUUGACCGCUGCCCUGGAAGUGGCCGUGCGGCUGCGUAGGCGCUUGGUGCUGCCGCAAGACUGGGAUUGUAGCUUGUUGCCCAUGUGGGACGUUUAUGGCAUGUCUUCCAGCUUCAAAGACAAGCGGGAAGGCUGUACCUUCGAUUUCUUCGCAGAUGCAGAAGCGUUCGUGAAGCGCUUUGGACAUCUCUUGGUCGAAGCCGGCAUUCGAAGAAAUGUAGAGUACCAACAGUUGUCUACAGCCCAGCUCAAGGAUGAGGUCGCAGUGGUUUCGACCGCGAUCCUGGAGGUUGGGCCCGAUGUGGAUCUGCUGGUGCUACGAGACCGGCUCCGGCUCAAAGAGGACACGCAAGGCGGCGACAGCUUGGCGCGGCGCUUGUUCCCGUGCCGCUGGGUGGAACUCAACUUGGAGGUGUUGGCUCGAAGACCGGGACAAGCGCCAGAUCCAGGAAGAAGAAAUUGUGGAGUUCAAGGCAUUUUUUUGGGGGAUUUCGGCAAGGCAAAAAUUUCUGCUUUGGUGAAGAGUUCUGAGAAUUCCCAGUCCCAAAAUUCGCAUCUCGGCGUGAUGUUGAAGGCUGGAGUAUUUCACAGACAUCCCCUGGACUUUCCCUUGCGACUGCGGUGGGAGCGGCCCUGGGCUGUGUGCCCAGAGGCGAGCUCUGUGUACAUCAGGAUGAUCCUGAAGAUUCUUUUGAAACGGAAAUUUUGA